AUGUCUGAAACUACAACUUUGAAUGGUGUGUAUUCUUUUUUGUCGUGCUAUUUAUGGGCAAAUCUUUUUCCGGAAAGCCUUCACUCUUUCAAAAAUAUCCCCAAUACUAACCAAUCACCUUCUGCCACAGAACACCAUAGUAUAGUUAGUUCCGGCCAACAUCGUCACCAACAGCCCCAGCAGCUCCAGCAGAAACGCGCGCUAUCUCAACCCCAGUUGCUGAAACCCUCUGGGAAUGUUACGAUAGCAGCCACAACGACGAUACAGGCCAAAUCCUCGGUCCCGCUGGGUGUCAAGCAACAAACACCAACGAUACCUUUGUCGUCGAGACAACAGCUGCACCCGGUCAAGGCAGAUACGGCGUAUCACCGAAUUCAUGCUGGUCCGCCAACCUCAGCACCACAGAAUGGACAUAGCAACUCGCAGCCAGCCAGCGAAAGCAUGGUGAUCAAGACCAGCAAAAAAUGGGUUCUUCCCCCUCGUCCAAAGCCAGGCAGAAAGCCCAGUGCUGCUCACUCGAGUCUGAUGUCCCACAACCACCAAUCGCAUAGCCAGAGCCAGUCAAACCUGGUCGGAACUGGCCACCAUCACGGGAACCACGCAACUCAAAACCACAGUCACAAAGAGGUGCCAAUGGGCAAGUCCCAUUCGUUGCCUGCCGCCAAAGGUACGGCCUCGGGAACUGGAGUCCCACUCAAGCCUUUGCAUCCUAUUACCGCCUCCUCUUCCUCUGCAAAUUCGGCAAACUCCUCUAAGAUUUCCAGCAGAGCGGGUUCUCCGAAUUCUGUGUCGCUGCCGCUGCUGACACCUCAGCCCAACCUGAGGUCUGUGUCGCCCGAAGUCGAGCUGCACAGGUCCAAGCCUAUUGCCAUGGCCCCCAAACAGGAGCCCAAGGGUCUGAAUGUGGGAAGCAUAAAUGUCGCAGCGAACCCUCUGAAACAGGCAAUCAUCAAGGUGAACGAGGAAAAUUAUUACCUCAAGCUGGAGGUGAUCAAACUAGUGUCUGAUCUGAAGAGUCUGAGAUCAGAGCUCAUGCUGCAGAGAAAGCCACUAAAAAGCAUUGCCAAUAAGCCGGUCUCUCCAAUGACUGUUCUUAACGAAGCAUAUUCCCAAAAGAUAAAGCAGGAAAAUGGCGAAGAAGAAUAUCUCGAAAAGGAAGAACAAUUAGAGAUCAGUGCCAAACUGGAGACCCCAGAACCACCACAAACCAAGAAGAGAUUGCACGACGACGACGAUAUGAACGAUUUGAUUUUGUCCCUGGUGGAUCUCAGUCACACCUCUAAAAAGGAAGACGAGAAUAACAGUGACGACGACAACGACAACGACGACAAUGAUAGUACAACCACAGCUGUUGAGCCUGCAGAUGUGGAGCCUGUGCCAGUGCCCAAAACCACUGGUGGGGCUAGCCAAGCGGAAUGUUUACCUUCUGGCUUGGAUCAUUCGGAUGACGAAGAAGCAGACCUGAUAAGCUCCACGCCUGAUUCGUUGCUUACUCUGACGAAGACGAACUCGUCAAUAGACGAGCUAGAGCUACCGUCUUCGAACCAGUGCGUGCAGAGCUUGAGCGGCACCACGGAUGUCUCCAGCUCCGAAGCUGGGGAUUUCGACAUGCCGGUAUCGUGGUCCAAAAUGGCUCUCGAUGAUGCUAAAAUAUUCAAGACAAACCCAAUCAUCAACACGAGCAGUGGCUUUACGUUCCAAGGAGACUUUUACGACAACACCAAGGUGAGGCAGAGACAGCUGGAGAGAGAUAACGAGAUCAAGAAGUACAACGUGAUGAACGAGCUGAUCGACUUCCAAAACCAUUCUUACGAGAUUGGGGAUGUGGAUGUUGAGUUUGACGCCUUCAUGAACGGGGGUGCUCGUCCCGAGUAUUCUUCAGAUCUCUCCAUCUUUUGA